UUAGAAAGAAGGAAAACAUUAACUGCGCAUUUAAACGGGUAAACGUAUUUCAGAAACACCAUAAUUUCUAAUUUAAAAUCAACCGUGGCUUUUGUACCGUUAAUCUUAUUUAUUAGGUAGACCUGAGAAAGCCGUCUGUAAUCAUGACCUUAGAGGAAACUUCAGAGGGUGAGCUCAGCCCCUCCAUAUCUAGAGCGGACCUGCUGGGUCAUGGACUGUGUGCCUCAUAUCUCCGAAGCGCCCCUGAUCUUCUGAAGCUAGACCAAAAUGAAGACUUAGAUCAUUCUAUUCGUAGGGGAUCACACAGCGUUAGUCCAGGGACAAACUUCAUUAUGCCACGAGCCUCCAGCCUCCAACCAAGGAGUCCCACCCAGGGUAGAGUAAAAAGAAAUAACACAGUUGGUCGGUCCCAGUCAAUGAAAACAACUAGAAGACUCCGAUGUUUAGAACCUAGCAACCGUUUCCGGCAGAGAGUAGCUAGCAUCCCAGUAGACAUGACCCCCCAACUGGAUUUUAACCUUAACACCCGGUCCUCCUCUGACCACUCUCUACUAUUAUUGCCCACUGAAGUUGGCGACUUCCAGCGGCUCAGGAACUUCUGUGUGACCUCCAAAGGAGUCAUAAAUAGAGGAGAUUCCUUUCGUUCCAAGUCACGAAUUACCCGCAAUAUCCUCCCAAUAGGAUCUCAACCUCCGCAUAACAAUACCACAAAAUCAAACUCGGUAGCAGAUAUGUUGCCGGUCCCUAAAACUCAGGAUGUUCCUCCUGUCAUUGUAACAGAGAGUGUACUCCACCGAGUGUUGAUCAUUGGUAGUCCAGAUGUAGGGAAAUCUUCACUCACUUCCCAGUUCUCUACAUCAGAGUACAUCUGUGCUUACGACACUUCGUUAGCUGAAGAAAAUGAGAAUUCAGUGAGUAUCAUCCUCAAUGGUCAAGAGACAGAACUAAUUUUUGUCGAGCAUUCGUUUUCGGACAAUAUGCCUCAAGUUUUCUCGACAACUUAUAAUAUCGACGCUUUCGCUGUGGUAUAUUCUGUGACUAACAAACGCAGCUUUCAACAAGCCAAGUCCUUACUCCAGCAGAUUUAUAAAAAUCCCAGUAACGGCUAUAAAGCUGUUGUCCUUGUCGGAAACAAGACGGACCUAGUGAGGCUGAGGGAAGUCACAAGUAACGAGGGCCGAACCGCAGCGACCUCAUGUAACUGUAAGUUUAUAGAAACUUCAGCGGGAAUAAACCACCACGUGGAUGAACUUCUGGUUGGCCUACUUACUCAGAUUCGGCUGAAAAUACAGCAACAAAAGGAAUCGAUCAGUGUGGAAAAAGCCAGAAGUCGCUCAUCUGAAAUUUCGUGUGGAAAGGUUAAAAGUUUUAUUAAACGGAUCUUACACAAAUCUUCAGCUAAAUCAAAAUCAUGUGAUAAUCUACAUGAUCUUUAAAAUAGAAUAACUGAAACGUUUUCUUCAUCUGUGAGAUGAGAACAAGUACGUUAUCGUACGAAACUGACUGGAAAAAUCUAGUCUACGUGUUAUAUCAGUAUAUUGAUUUAUUAGGAACUUCUGAUCAAAAAUAUAUUAAGAAAAACAGAACCUAAAAGUAACUAUACAUUAAUGAAACUUGUAUGUUAGACGAACGCGAACUUGUUAAUGUCGUAAACCAAUUCACCAUUCAAAUAAAACUAUAAUCAUUAGAAAACACUGAAUUAUCAAUUAGGUAUUCUUACCAUUAAUGACACUAUCGGACGUAAUCCUACUAGUGACUUUCAAAAUGUUCUCUGAUGUUAACUGUUACAAUAAGCAAAUAUGUUUAUUUUCACAGUAAUUAGGUCACUGUAAUGAAAAGUUAGUCAGUUUAUAACAUUAAUAGUCGACAAAUAUCGGGUAGAUGUACCUGUAAAGUUUCAUGUUUACUUCUGUCUAGCAGGUGUUAAGGCGUCAAUGUAUCGUAUCAUUUGAUUUCAGUCAGUAACAUCUGCAGAUGUGGCCGUGUAUGAAAACGAUGCAUCGUCAACAGUUGUUUGAUAUAUUAUAGCAAAAGUACCUACCUUUGCCGGGUUUCAAAAUUAGUGCCAUAAUGCCUAUUUUGAACCGUGCCACACGAAUCGUACGUCUUAUAUCAAGGUCUCCGAGCUACACUCGGGAUUAAACGUUACUUUCGUUUGGUGUCGGCUUCACGUAUAUUUUGCUACCGUCUCUUUGCUCAGUUGAGCCCUCAUUCGAAACAUUGAAAUGGCUGUUAAAUCGGAACUGUUCUUUUGAUCUAUUUCAACCCGACCUUCGGGCCGAGUUCCUCUACUAAACUUUAUUGAAACUGGUUCAGUUACCUCUUCACAACAACUUGUGACACAAUUUUUAUCCGUAUAUUAAAGUGUCACCACGGAACUGGACGUAACUGGAUGUUCUUUAACCUAGUCACUGGAAAACCCUAUUUGUCAGGCAAAGCUAUUCACCAGACUUUUAGAGACUGGAAAAAUUAUCGAGAAUUUCUAAUGGCUCUAACUACUAAUUUCCCUGAAAAGGGACCGAAGGCCGCCUGUAGGGGUCACCUGUUUUAACAACUUCCACCACUAUACAGUAGUGUGUUGUCUGUAAGUCAGUAAGUAGACACUAAAAUGACGUCACAUAAGGGACGCUUAACGUUGCAAUUUGUACUGUCGUGACGUCAGAAAACGUGGGCAUGCCAUGAAUCAAGAGAAGAAUUACGCAGGCUGUAGGCUACAACACAGCAUGAUAUAUGAACUUCAAAAGCAAGAAAUAAAAAUAUUUGUUACCUUAAUUUUGGUAUUAUUUUCUCUUGAAACAGAACACUUUAGGGGAACCUGCGGAAGUGCAUCUAAUAACUAAACGUACAGUGUUUCUCAUUACUUCCUUAAGUACUUCCAUUGGGCCAUGGCUUCCUUAACGACUAUUCAAAACAGUUAAAACAAGUCCACACCACCACACUACUGUCAUCACUCUCUGUGGUUGGGAGAAAAAUUCAUAUUAAAAAAUCAUUCAGAUUCAUCAAUCCAAAACAAAUAACAUUAGUGAAGUUUGUCACAUCUCUAUCCAAAUACCUAGAACUCUUGCUCUCGUAUUCUAAAAAAUAUCAACCCCAAAACAAAUAACAUUAGUGAAGUUUGUCACAUCUCUAUCCAAAUACCUAGAACUCUUGCUCUCGUAUUCUAAAAAAUAUCAACCCCAAAACAAAUAACAUUAGUGAAGUUUGUCACAUCUCUAUCCAAAUACCUAGAACUCUUGCUCUCAUAUUCUAAAAAAUAUCAACCCUAAAACAAAUAACAUUAGUGAAGUUUGUCACAUCUCUAUCCAAAUACCUAGAACUCUUGCUCUCAUAUUCUAAAAAAUAUCAACCCUAAAGCAAAGAGAAGAAGAAGAAGAGGUUGUCACCACUAUUGGAACUUCGAAAUACUUUAAGAUUAAGUUUGACUCAUUCCCUCUCUAAUUUCGAAAUAUAUAGAUAAAAAACCAGAAAAUAAAAAUGUUGAUGAAAAACAACCGAAUCUCAUAUGGUGAAGUGGUUGGUAUUACCACGUGCUUAACAAGCGUGUGGUAAUUUUAAUAUGAACCCUCCUUAUGUGCCAGGGACGUAGCUGAGGCUUAAUUGUAAUCCACUGUUUGUCUGGUUAUUUCGAUAGUUUCCUUUAUGUAGAACCCCCCCCCCCCCUUACAUGUAGCAGAAGUUCAGAUAUUAAAAAAUGUAAACUAUCCCUUAUCUAUACGUAUGUAAUGAUUUCAAGACUCUACUUUUAGCAUGAAACAUUAAUUGUACUUAGAACAUAUGCGUUUUGACUGUGGUUUUGUGUUUUUGUAAAGUAUUGUAGUUUCUUAAUAUUCAUUUGUUGUUGGUUGUUUAAUAAUAAUGCAGUUAAUUUUUGGACUUACUAUUAACUGUUUGUAGAUCUUCAAAUUAAAAAUUUCUAAGGAAAAACAUGAGUGUUAAACAAUGUGCUUUUAAAUAACGAAAUCUUAGUCUUUAUUUCUACCUCUUCGUCAGUUUUUUCUUUUUACUUGUAACAAUAAUACAUUUGUUAGAGUAUCUAAAGCAUCCUUGAUCUAAUAUAUCCUCUCAAAGUAAAUAUUUUGUGUAUUUGUAAGUUGUGCUGA